AGAGAGUAUAUGUGUAUGUAAUAUUUCAUACGGUUCUUAAAAGUAACCAUAUGUGAUCUUCCUUCAAUCUUUGCAUGUCUCACCAAAUUAUUCACAAAAGAAAACCCAAAACCCAGAAAAUGGAUUUAUUCUGUUAUAGUUGAAAUGCCAUUUGGAAAAAGAACGAAAGGGUAAAAAUAUUGUUCCUUUUCUGGUUGGUUUCAUAAUCUGAGCAAAACACAGAUGAUAAAAAGCGGUAAUCUAUUCUGGGUAUUUGUUGUUUCACAUCUGAUGUUCUUCUUUUGAUUGUUUCUUCUUGUGGCUGUUGUUGUUGUUGUUUUGUCUAUUUGUUUUGUUUUGGUUUGGUUUCUGGUUCUGUUUGUUUUUCCUUUUUGUCUGUCUUUCUGAUGUUGGAAUCCACCGCCGAGAAGAAGAAGAGAGGAAACAUGGAUGAUGAUGAUGAGUUUGAAACGAUAUUAGAUGAGAUCCCUCAUGCAACAUCACAUCAUCAUCAAAAUGAGUCAUUUAAUGGUAUGUAUGGUCUUGUGUAUGAUGAUGACCCAUCAAGCUAUUUCCAUAACCAUACACAUGCUUCCCCUGGAAGCGGUUUCUCUUUACUGUCAGAUGGCUCUUCUUCGAGUUUGUCUAAUGGAUCACCACCUCCACCGCCAUUAGAUGACCUUAAGCCACACUUGUCAAAUGGAUUGUUUAUGGAUUCAACUAUUAGGCAAAAGGCCAGUAUUGAUUGCUUGUUUGGUGAACUGGAUCUUUGCAGGACUCGUAGUAAAAUGUAUAUUAGCAAUGAUCAAGAGAAUUUCGGUUCUAGUUUUAGAGAUUUUUCACUUGAGCCCAAUGGGAUUCGAAAACAUGGGGCUUGUGAUGAACUUAGGAAAGGGUUUGCUGAUUUUGUGGGUCUUCAAUCCCCUGUUUCUAUGAGUGUUCCAUCAAGUGUCAAUGGUGGGAGGAAUAUGGCAUUUUCUGGAUUUCCACAGCAGGAAUAUCCCCAAAUGUAUCUUGGUCGCCAGGAUGCUUUGGGUUCGCCUAGGGGAAUGAAUAAUUUGAAUGGUACAAUGAGGUCUCCAUGGCAGAAAAAAGAGCUAGCUUGUAACUAUUAUCAGAGAGGGAAUUCUCUGAAUGAUCUUCUGAUGAAUGAUGCUUUAAUCUAUGGUCAAAGAAACAGUAUGAAUGGGAAUGAUGGAAGAGGUAAGCUGAAUUUUCAUGCUUCUCCCUGGUUUGUUCAAGCGAACCGUAAUCUGAGCAUUGGAAGCCUGUUAAAUUGGGGGCUUCCAUUAUCCAAUGGUUUGUCUAGAUCCCAUUCAAAUGUUGGAAUCCCAAAUGAGAGUAGUUUCAUUAUUCAAGGUGAUGGUUUAAAUUUUGUAAUCAACAAGGGGCAGGAGAUUGGUGCAAGUAAGCAUCGAGAAGGAAGGUUGCAACUUGAUAAUUGGUCUCACUUUGCUGCAGCUAGUGGAAAUGCUAAGAAUGCUAAGUUAUAUAACUCAUUCUCUUUGCCGGCUAAGUGUAACUCUUUGGCCGAAGCUCGUGGAUAUAUAUACUUAAUGGCAAAAGAUCAACAUGGUUGUAGGUUCUUACAGCUGCUAUUCGAUGAGGGUACCCUAGAGGAUGUCGAAAUAAUAUUUAAGGAGAUCAUUGAUCAUGUAGUUGAACUGAUGAUGAACCCAUUUGGGAAUUAUCUUAUGCAGAAGUUAUUGGAAGUGUGCAAUGAAGAACAGAGAAUGCAGAUUUUGUUAAUGGCUACAGAGGAACCAGGGCAGCUAGUUAAAAUAUCUCUAAACACACACGGCACCCGUGUAGUGCAAAAGUUGAUCGAGACUCUGAAGACCAGGCAGCAAAUUUCACUGAUUAUAUCAUCUCUUGAACCUGGUUUCUUAUCUCUCAUUAAGGACCUGAAUGGGAAUCAUGUUGUGCAGCGUUGCUUGCAAUGCCUUAGCUGUGAAGAUAACAAGUUUAUUUUUGUUGCUGCUGCGAAGUAUUGUGUUGAUAUUGCAACUCAUCAACACGGCUGUUGCGUUUUGCAACGAUGCAUUAGUCAUUCCUCUGGGGAAUAUUGGGAAAAACUGGUUGAACAAAUAUCCACCAAUGGGCUCCUACUUGCACAAGACGCGUAUGGAAAUUAUGUUGUUCAGUUUAUUUUGGAGAUAAAAAUUCCAUCUGCCACUUUGACUCUGAUUUCUCAAUUCGAAGGGAAUUACGGGCACCUCUCAUCGCAGAAGUUCAGCAGUCAUGUGGUUGAAAAAUGUCUCGUGGUGUUAAAUGACGAGAGCCGAUCGAAAAUCAUUAACGAAUUGCUCUCUACAACUCACUUUGAACGAUUGCUUCAAGAUCCACAUGCAAAUUAUGUUGUGCAAACUGCACUCCGUGUGUCUGAGGGAGCUCUGCACAAUUCGCUCGUCGAAGCAAUCGAGUCCCAUAAAGCACUAUCGCGCAACAGCCCGUAUUCGAAGAGGAUUCUCUCCCAGAAGCUUCUCAGAAAGUAAUGUACAUUCUUACCAUCCCUGAAAGAAGCUGUCUUCUGUCGUUUUGUGUCUCUGUUACCGUAGUUUUCUACCGUCCAUUAAAAUCGUCAUAUAUAUAAAUGGAAACCGGAAAGAGGGCUCGCUCCUUCGACUCGAGGAAGAGUUUUUGUCUUCUCAAAAUGGCAUGGAAUCCCUUGUGCUCAGAAGAGUGUAAAAGAUAAAGCAACUUUUGAACUAAGUUGCUUAAAUUUUGGACAUUGUAUUAUUUAUGUUGUUUUGUUGGUCUCUAUCUAUGCCACUGGAUGUUUAUUUUGCAUUUUUUCCUCCGUAUUGGAUGCAUUUUUUUUCCUGUCCGAAUGAAGAAAUUCG